GAAAAAGAAGAAAAUUUGAGGUUCUCGAUAUAUGUCAUCAUUCAACAGCUGAACAUUGAGGUUGAAGUUACCGGUACUAUAGUAUAAUUGAAGACAUUAUUUUAAAUAAAAAAAUAAUAAAACAAUUUCAAAAUGGAUGAAGGUUGGGAUGAUGAUGCACCAGUAGUUGUAUCACAAUCUUGGACUUCAAAGAGAAAUGAUGAACAAGAUGGAUGGGCAAAUGAUGAAAAACCUUCAUAUCAAUCACGUAACUGGGGAGGUGAAAAUAGGUAUGCCUCACAAAACCAACAAUUUCAAAACUCCAGUAGAUCUGAGCAGAGGAAUUGGAGAGACAGUAAAUUUAAUCAGAGUAGCAAUAAAGAUAAUAAAUUUAAUCGGAAUAACAGAAGAGAUCAACAUUUUCAAAGGAAUAGAUCUGAUGAAAAAUGUGAAGUGCUCCGUGUAGCUUCAAAAAAUAUUGGCAAGAUAAUUGGACGUGGGGGCUCGAAAAUUAGUGAAUUACAAACAGUAUCAGGAGCUAGAAUUCAAGUAACUAGAGAAACAGAGGGUGAUGAAACUGUCAUUAAAUUCUUUGGCACUGAUGAAACCAUUGAAAAAGCCAAGAAUCUUAUAGACGAACUAACAACAGAAAAAAUUAAAAUAUAUGAAGUUAAAGAUUUGCCUCCAGAACCUCCAAAGCCAAAUGUUGAUUGGAAACAGUUUCUAAAAGAUUGUGAAGAAGCGGAAAAACGAGAGUGGGCUAAAUACCCUCCUAUUAUAAAACAAUUUUAUCGGGAGCAUCCCGAAGUUACUAGAAUGACAGAAGACCAAGUAAAACAAUUUAGAUUGGAAAAUAAUAAUAUUGUAGUUGACAGGACGUUUAAAAAGGAAGAAAGUUUACCCAUUCCUAAACCAUGUCCUGAAUUCUACCAUGCUUUUCAUCAGUAUCCAGAAAUUCUAGAAGAAAUUCGAAAGGCGGGGUUUGAAAGACCGUCUCCAAUUCAAGCACAAGCUUGGCCUGUACUGUUGAGUGGAGAGGAUUUAAUUGGUAUAGCACAAACUGGAACUGGUAAGACGUUAGCAUUUUUACUACCAGCUUUGAUACAUAUUGAUGGACAAACAACUACUCGGGAACAAAGGAAAGGACCAGCUGUUUUAGUGAUGGCUCCAACUAGAGAACUGGCACUGCAAAUUGAUAAGGAAAUUAAAAAAUACCAGUACAAAAAUAUCAAUUCAGUGUGUAUAUACGGUGGCGGUAAUCGUCGUGAACAAGUGCAAGUUGUUACUGACGGAGUAGACAUAGUUAUAGCAACACCCGGACGGAUGAAUGAUUUAGUAGCAGCAGGCCAUUUGAACGUCAAGAGUGUAACUUAUGCUGUUCUCGACGAAGCCGAUAGAAUGUUGGAUAUGGGUUUUGAACCCCAAAUUCGAAAAGUCAUGUACUCGAUAAGACCGACGAGACAAACUAUUAUGACUAGCGCUACUUGGCCACCGGGCGUUAGACGUUUAGCCGAAUCCUACAUGAACGAUCCAAUUCAGAUUUACAUCGGUACAUUGGAUUUGGCAGCAACUCAUAGCGUUUCACAAAUUAUUCAGAUGUUGCCUGAUGAUGAUAAUGUUAAGAUGGAAACGUUUAUGAAUUUCGCGCGAAAUCUGACUCAAGAUGAAAAGGUUAUAGUUUUUUGUGGGAGGAAAUCUAGAGCUGAUGAAUUAUCAGCGGAACUGGCUCUAGCAGGUGUACAAUGUCAAAGUUUACACGGUGAUAGAGAUCAGGCAGAUCGAGAACAAGCUCUUCUAGAUAUAAAGGACGGUACAGUUCAAAUAUUGAUAGCAACAGAUUUAGCUUCCAGAGGAUUAGACAUUGAUGAUAUAACCCACGUAGUCAAUUACGAUUUCCCUAGAAAUAUUGAAGAAUAUGUACAUCGUGUCGGUAGAACAGGACGUGCUGGUAAAUUUGGAAAAUCUAUAAGCUAUUUAACAAAAGCUGAUUGGGCUCAAGCAUCAGAACUCAUAAAAAUUUUAGAAGAAGCAGAACAGCUCGUUCCUCAAGAGGUGUACGAUAUGGCAGAUAGAUAUGCAAUAUGGAAAGAAAAAAAAGACAGGGAGAGAGAUAGUGGUCGAGGAGGGAGAGGUAGAGGCACUAGACGUUGGUAAUCUCAGAUAAUAUGUAAUUUUUUUUACUUUAUUGCAUUUAUAAAUUUAAUUUAAGUUAUAUAGUUGUAUUCAAAUGUCAUUUUGAAGAGAUAUUUGACUUCUUCUCAUCUGAUUAAUAACAUAAUGCGUAUCUUCUUCUUCUUUUUUAUCGUUAUCCUGAUAAAUAUCGAGAUUCUGACCGCAUCGAUAGUAACCAUUCUAAAAUAUAAAUUUUUUUGGUGAAUUUCUUACUAUUUGUAUAAACGCAUGAAUUAAACUUUAUAAAAUUGUUAGUAUCAUAAUAUACGAGGAAGAAAAAGUACAAAUUUUUCUCAAGAAAUAUUUUUUGUUUAAAAAUUUUUAUAUAAUUGAAAUUAUUGCUUUCCUUUCUUUAUAUUUCAAAACCGUUUAUAAAUAAAUUGAAUUAUACAAUUUUAUAUUU